AUGGAAGUUGUCGCCAAGGCCCAGGACGCGUUUAGGAGCUUCAGCGAGAAGCACCUGUCGGGUUUGCGCCCCGUCGGCGAGUUCCGAGCAAGAAUAUUGCACUGGGCUCCUCGAGAUCAGCUGUUGGCCCUUCAGGCUUCUCAGCGGGACAAUAUGGAGAGCGCUGAGCGUGGAGAUGGAGGAGGACCAGGAACAUGGCUAAUGUCAGUUCGACCACAGGCAGAUCUCGCGCCCGUCCAACAUGAACGAGGCCACCCAGCGCCUCACUUACAACACGCGCCAGUUCUCGGCCUCACCAACCCCUUCCUCCUCAUCGCGAUCGCCUUCUUCGGCUGUGGCUUCUAUGCUAUUAACAGGUUCGGCCCCGAGCCGCUCGAGGUCGGCAACACGGUCAUCACCCAGAAGACCAUGUACAUUGCCCUCUUUGUCAUUGGCCUGCCGAUGCUCUUCAUCGCGUCGCCCUUCUCCGUCUUCUUCUGGCUCGUCGGCUCGUCGGCCAUCCUCAUUCUCGGCCACGCCAUGCUCAUGGAGCCCGGAGUCGAGAGCGAGUACACUGGCAUCGAGUCGGUUUAA